UUGCAGAGCUGUACUGAAUUUCCCUGAUGCCAUGGCAGGUGCAGAGGUAGGAAAUCAAACUUCUGUCACCGAAUUUAUCCUCCUGGGAUUUGAAAUUCUUCCAGAGUUGCAAAUACUGCUCUUCAUCCUCGUUCUUAUAUUCUACAUUGCAACUGUGGCUGGGAAUGUCCUCAUCAUUGUGCUCAUCAUAGCUGUUCAGCUUCUGCAAACCCCCAUGUACAUCUUCCUGGGGAACUUGUCCUGCUUGGAGACCUGCUAUACCUGCACCCUCCUGCCCAGGAUCCUGGCCAGCUUCCUCACUGGAGACAGAACUAUUUCAUUCUCUGGCUGCUUCAUCCAAUUAUUUUUCUUUGGUAUGUUUUUAGUUACAGAGUGUUGUCUCUUAUCUGUGAUGUCAUAUGAUAGGUACUUAGCUAUAUGUAAACCAUUGCAUUAUUCAGCCCUUAUGACUGACAGAUUUUGUUUCACCCUUGCAGCUGGCUCAUGGAUCAGUGGAUUUAUAGUUGUCACCAUUGGGUAUCUCUUCCUCUUACAAUUAACCUUCUGUGGACCCAAUCAAAUUGAACAUUUUUUUUGUGAUUUUCUUGAAGUGAUUAAACUCUCCUGCAGUGACACCUAUGAGAUUGAACUUGUAGCUUUCAGUUUUGACUGUAUAUUCCUCUUGCCCCCAUUCCUUUUGACUCUCAUGUCCUAUGUUUGGAUUAUCAGGACCAUAAUGAGAAUCCCUUCCACUACUGGGAGACAAAAGGCCUUCUCCACCUGUUCCUCUCAUAUUAUUGUGGUGACCAUAUUUUAUGGGUCCAUAACUAUAGUCUAUAUGUCCCCAACAUCCAACACCCUAACAGCACUGAACAAAAUAUUCUCUCUUUCCUACACUGUGCUGACUCCAUUGGUAAACCCUCUCAUUUACAGCCUGAGAAACAAGGAAGUAAAGGAGGCUGUAAGGAAAGUUGUCUGCAUGUUUCUGAACUGGAAAAGAAUGCAACCAUUCCUGAACUCUAUUAGCAGGUUAAACAAAAUUGGACACAACAGGAAUCCAAGUUGUUGA